AUGAUUCGAUCGGUGAACAGUGAUUCGGCCGGUGAACGAGUAUUUCCCCGUAUAUUUGCUUUACUGGCUUUGGUGAGGGAUGGUAGACUAGGGUCAUGUUCUCGGUUGGGAUCGGGGACUAGGGUUAGGGAGGCUAAGGGGGUUAAGGGAGCUUCUAGGUUGAGAGUAGGGUCUUGGAAUAUUGGGACUUUAUCGGGAAAGUCCAUAGAGUUAGUUAAGAUUCUUAAAAAGAGGAGGAUUAAUAUAGCUUGUGUACAAGAGACUAAAUGGGUAGGACCUAAAGCUAAGGAUGUGGACGGGUACAAGCUUUGGUUCUCGGGCAAGUUGAGGUAUAGGAAUGGGGUAGGGAUCUUAGUAGAUAGUGAGCUUAGAGAUCAGGUGGUAGAGUGCUACGCGCCACGAAGUGGGUUUGGACGAGGAGGUAAAAAGGCGCUUUGGGAGGACUUGGAUGAAGUGGUGGUAAGUAUACGCCUGCGAGAGAAGUUAUUCAUAGGAAGAGAUUUGAAUGGGCACAUUGGGUCUGUUUCGAGGGGUUAUGACGAGGUGCAUGGAGGAUUUGACUUUGGGGACAAGAAUGGUGGAAGAGUCUCACUCCUGGAUUUCGCAAAAGCCUUUGGAUUGAUGGUAUCCAACUCGAGUUUUCCGAAGAAGGAGGAGCACUUGGUAACCUUUCGUAGCUCGGUGGCUGUGACGCAAAUAGACUUUUUGCUUCUUAGAAAAGAUGAUAAAGGCCUCUGUAAGGACUACAAGGUCAUACCGAGUGAGAAUCUUACAACCCAACAUAAGCUAUUAGUGAUGGAUUUGGAGAUAAGAAGGAAGAAGAAGAAGAAGAAGGUCGUGGAUGGCCACCGACCGAGGGAUUAA